CCGGUGACUGACGAUUGUGAAAGCGAAUCGAAAUUCUCAUACGGCCAAUCGAAACCCAGUUUAUACAUGGUGAACUGAUAACGAGUGAUGAGUAAUCUUCCUCGUCUGACGGGGGCCAUCAGGGCCUUUUCUGGCCUUAGUGCAUCCCCAGAGCAUGCAACUGGCAUUCAGCAGAGUGAUCUUCAACAGAAAAGACACCUAGUGGCAGAAAAACAGAGUAACAGUCAGUCAUGGAACACACUUUGUACUCAGAUCAGGAAGGAGGUGGAUGCUUCAGGGUCGGAUAUAAAGGCUGCACUGAAGGACUUAUCUUAUUGUGCCAGGAACAUAGUUGGGCAGGAGGCUUCCUUGGAGACAGUUGAAGGUGCUGCAGCCUUCCUGUUUGGCCUGUUUAAGACAGCCACUAUGGACACAGUGAGCAGCAAAGAGGCUAACAAACUGAGGAACAUUUUUGGACCGUUUCCAGCUUCAGCUGCUUCCAAAGCCUGUGCCAUUGUCAGAAAAAUAGUCUCCUGGAUGCCUGAGGAUGCAGCAUUAUUAAUGGACAACCAGAUGAGGGAGGAGGCUGAAGGAGAGGCUUCAGUGAAGGAAUUUGGACAGAAUAUAAAAUUUUCUUGUUUAAUGGCAUCAGCAGAAUAUUUGUCCAGUUCAGAGUCUGACAGUGACGAAGCUAACCAUCGGGACUUAGAUCUGAAAUACUCGGACAAUAGACCAGCUCAAAAGUUGAAAGGAAAUGCAUCACAGACUGACAGUUCACAAUAUGAUGCUGGAUGGCUGCAGCGAGAGGUUAAGAAGUACUACCCGACUGGUGACUCGGCCUUGGGGAUGACAACAGAGGACAUCAGCUCCACUAUUUUUGAUGUACUCAUAUCCUCUAAGACUGACCAAGAACUACAGAAUGAUUUAUUUGAACUUCUUGGAUUUGAUCGAUUUGAGCUGAUAGAAAAUUUGCUGCAGAACAGAAAAGUGGUCAUACAAAGUUCUCUGACCUCUGACCCCUCAACCAGACCUAAUGGUGCACGGAAAAAAGGUGAUGGAGGAAACAAGCCUGCUUAUGGCUGUCAAGUCAUCGUCCAGACUGAGCAAGAGAGGAAACUAAUGAAACAGCUGAGGAGAGACGAGAAGCGCUUCGACAAGAAGGGAGGUUGGCAGGAGGAGGAAGGGGAGGGUAUCAGCUUUAAUCCUCAGGAACUACGCAGUCAGAGGGAGGCAGCCCUUAAGUCUGCAGUGAUGGCCCCUUUGUUUUCUGACCGAUCCUUCCGACCCCAGGCCAGGGAGAGAUACCCCAAUGUGCAUGACUCGAUGGAGGAGGCUCGGCAGUCCUCAGCCUUUGUGGGAGGGGUCAAGUUGGCACUUCCCGAUUCCUUCCAUCGGUCGACCCACAAACUUUACGAGGAGGUCCACAUUCCUCACACAGAGGCUACAUCUCUCACUGUAGGCAACACGAGAGUUCCUGUUGCCGAUCUUGAUGAGAUAGCACAGAUGGCCUUUAAGGGUACGGUGACCCUCAAUCGUAUCCAGUCUAUGGUGUUUGAGGCAGCCUAUAAGACCAACGAGAACCUGUUGAUCUGUGCCCCAACAGGCGCGGGUAAAACAAACAUCGCCAUGUUGACCGUCCUCCAUGAACUCAAACAGCAUAUCUCCCAGGGAGUGAUCAAGAAGGAUGAAUUCAAGAUAGUGUAUGUAGCCCCUAUGAAGGCACUAGCUGCUGAGAUGGUUCGGAACUUUGGGAAUCGUCUCGAGUCAUUGGGGAUUGCUGUUCGGGAACUCACAGGAGACAUGCAGCUGACCAAGGCAGAGAUACUGAAAACACAGAUGUUAGUGACGACCCCGGAGAAGUGGGAUGUGGUGACAAGGAAGAGUACCGGGGAUGUGGCCUUGGCUCAGCUUGUCAAACUCCUCAUCAUUGACGAAGUGCACCUUCUCCAUGACGACAGAGGGGCUGUCAUAGAGAGUCUGGUCGCCAGGACACUAAGACAGGUGGAGAGUACACAGAACAUGAUUCGUAUCAUUGGUCUAUCUGCCACUCUCCCUAACUACCUAGAUGUGGCGCGCUUCCUUCAUGUUAACCCGUACCUGGGACUCUUCUUCUUUGAUGGCCGUUUCAGACCCGUACCUCUUGGGCAGACUUUCAUUGGAAUCAAAUCUACCAACAAGAUGCAACAACUACAGGAUAUGAAUACAGUCUGUUACGAAAAAGUCCUGGAACAAGUCAGGAAAGGUUAUCAGACAAUGGUGUUUGUCCACGCCCGGAAUGACACUGUCAGGACGGCCAGUGUCCUCAAUGAAAUGGCAAAAAACAACGGUGACAGUGGCUUCUUUGUGCCUGACCGCUCAAUCCAGUACGGAGAUGCUCUGAAAUCGAUGAUGCGAUCACGGAACAAACAGCUGAAGGAACUGUUCCCAGAUGGGUUUGGGUGUCACCACGCAGGCAUGCUCAGACAGGACCGUAACCUGGUGGAGCGUUAUUUUUCCGCAGGCUUUAUCAAAUGUCUAGUUUGUACCGCCACCCUAGCCUGGGGAGUUAACCUCCCAGCGCACGCUGUCAUCAUCAAGGGUACCCAAAUUUACGAUGCUAAGAAAGGUUCGUUUGUGGAUCUUGGUAUACUGGACGUGAUGCAGAUUUUUGGUCGAGCUGGACGUCCACAGUUUGACAAGUUUGGACACGGAACCAUCAUCACGGCACAUGACAAACUGUCUCACUAUCUAUCCCUGAUGACCAGACAGAACCCUAUAGAGAGUCAGUUCUGUAAUAGUCUUACUGACAACCUAAAUGCAGAGAUUGCACUGGGGACAGUGACCAAUGUGGAGGAGGCGGUCAAGUGGCUAAGCUACACUUACUUGUAUGUACGGAUGAAGUGUAACCCCCUCGUAUACGGCAUCAACUUUAACACAUUGGAGACUGACCCCAUGUUGGAGGCACAUCGUCGCGACCUCAUUACAGAUGCCGGCAGAAAGCUGGACAAGACUCGAAUGAUCAGGUUCGAUGAGAGAACGACCUACUUCUCCUCAACUGACCUGGGCAGGAUAGCCAGUCACUUCUACAUCAAAUAUGACACUGUAGAGGUAAUAAAUGAAAAUCUGAAAUCCCUGAUGACAGAAGCAGAUGUAUUUGCCAUGGUUUCAAAGUCCCAGGAGUUUGACCAGAUAAAGGUUCGGGAAGAUGAGAUGGGUGAACUGGACAACCUGCUGAGUGACACGUGUGUGAUGCAGGUGCAAGGAGGUGUGGAGAACACGUAUGGCAAGGUCAACAUUCUCAUGCAGGUGUACGUGUCGCGCAUGAACAUCGAGAGCUUCUCCCUCAUCUCUGACCAGGCCUAUGUAGCUCAGAACUCUGCACGUAUUGUGCGUGCACUGUUUGAGGUGUGUCUGAAGAACGGUUGGCCUGUGAUGGCCAGCAGACUACUCAACCUGUGUAAAACCCUGGACAAGCGACUGUGGGGGUUUGAGCAUCCCUUAAGACAGUUCCCAAACCUCUCCAGGGAGAUCCUUGACAAACUAGAGGCUAGAAAACUCACUGUGGACAGACUCAAGGAUAUGGACCCUAAAGAAAUAGGUCACAUGGUUCACCAUAUACGCAUGGGACCUGUCAUCAAGAAGUGUGUGAACCAGAUUCCAGCCUUAGACUUGGACGCCACCAUCCAACCAAUCACACGUACUGUACUCAGAGUGAGGCUGUCCAUUGACCCGGUCUUCCAUUGGGAUGACAAGGUCCAUGGAACGAGUGCCGAGUCAUUCUGGGUGUGGGUGGAGGACCCGGAAAACAACCACAUCUACCACUCGGAGCGCUUCCUCCUCCACAAAAAGAUGGUGAAGGCGAAAGAGGUCCAGAUCCUGAUCUUCACAAUCCCAAUCUUUGAACCUCUGCCGAGCCAGUACUACGUUAAAGCAGUGUCCGAGAGAUGGCUGGGAUCAGAGGCCAUGUGUGCCAUCUCCUUCCAACACCUCAUCCUUCCCGAGAAACAUCCCCCCCACACAGAGUUACUGGAUCUACAGCCCCUGCCAAUCACAGCCUACAACGACCCCCAAAUAGAGGCGCUGUACAAGUACACACACUUCAACCCAAUCCAGACCCAAAUCUUCCAUGUUCUGUACCACACCGACUGUAAUGUCCUCCUCGGGGCGCCUACUGGCUCUGGUAAAACAGUCGCUGCAGAAAUGGCCAUAUUCAGGGUGUUCAAGGAAUACCCAAAAGCAAAGGCAGUGUACAUUGCACCACUGAAAGCGUUGGUGCGAGAGAGAAUGGAGGACUGGAAAGUCCGCAUUCAACAGAAGCUUGGCAAAAAGGUGGUGGAGCUGACCGGUGAUGUGACCCCAGAUAUGAGGGCGGUGGCUAAUGCUGACCUUAUUGUGACCACGCCUGAGAAGUGGGAUGGGGUCAGUCGGAGCUGGCAGACCAGAAACUAUGUGAAAGCUGUCGCUGUACUGAUCAUUGAUGAGAUCCACCUGCUGGGGGAUGAGAGAGGGCCGGUGCUAGAAGUGAUAGUCUCGCGUACUAACUUUAUCUCAUCACAUACCUCCAAGCCUGUACGAGUCGUAGGCCUGUCAACAGCACUGGCCAACGCCAGGGACCUGGCCGAUUGGCUGGGUAUCAAACAGAUGGGGCUGUACAACUUCCGUCCCUCUGUAAGACCUGUCCCUCUGGAGGUACACAUCAAUGGUUUCCCUGGACAACACUACUGCCCCCGAAUGGCCACCAUGAACAAGCCAACAUUCCAAGCCAUAAAGUCUCACUCCCCUGAGAAACCAGUGCUGAUCUUUGUGUCGUCACGGCGACAGACGCGAUUGACUGCUCUAGAUCUCAUUGCUUUCCUGGCAGCAGAAGAGAACCCAAAACAAUGGCUGCACAUGGCCGAAAUGGAGAUGGAGAAUUUGAUCUGUGGGAUACGAGACACCAACCUGAAACUGACAUUGGCAUUUGGAAUAGGUAUCCAUCAUGCAGGUCUCCAGGAGCGUGACAGAAAAUCAGUAGAAGAGCUGUUUGUGAACCAGAAAAUACAGGUAAGACUGGCAUUACUGGUAAAACAGAAAAUACAGGUAAGACUGGCAUUACUGGUAAAACAGAAAAUACAGGUAAGACUGGCAUUACUGGUAAAACAGAAAGUACAGAUCAUUACACCACCACCAACACAGUUUCUAUCUAGUCGGAGUGGCUCUGAGAAACCUUCAAUCAAAAGAUCAGAGUUUGAUGUUCUACAGAUGAUGGGGCGGGCUGGACGACCACAGUUUGAUGACAAUGGAGUGGCAGUCAUUCUUGUCCAUGAUAUAAAAAAACAUUUCUACAAGAAGUUCCUCUAUGAACCUUUUCCUGUGGAAUCAAACCUACUUGAUGUGCUACCUGACCAUCUGAAUGCUGAGAUUGUAGCAGGGACAAUAGCCUCCAAACAGGAUGCAAUGGACUACAUCACCUGGACCUACUUCUUCAGGCGGCUCGUCAUGAAUCCAAGUUACUACAACCUUGACGACACAGACUAUGACAGUAUCAACAAGUUCCUGUCUGGCCUGGUGGAGAAGGCACUGUUUGAACUGGAGUCUUCCUACUGUUUGGAGAUUGGCGAGGAUAACAAGGCCAUUCGUCCCCAGACUCUGGGGCGUAUUUCCUCCUACUACUAUCUCAACCACAACUCUGUACGCAAGUUCCGCCAUUCUCUGAAUGCUGAGUGCACGAUCGAGGAUCUCGUAGAAGUUCUCUCCAGUGCAGAGGAAUAUGCCCAACUUCCUGUGCGACACAACGAGGACCAGAUUAACAGUGAACUGGCGACCAAGGUGCCGCUGGCAGUUAAUCCCCAUUCCUACGAGUCCUCCCACACCAAGGCUUGUCUCCUUCUACAGGCCCACUUCAGUCAACUCUCACUUCCCUCAUCUGAUUACAACACAGACACUAAGUCUGUCCUGGACCAGGCCAUCCGUGUACUACAGGCCAUGCUUGACAUCUCUGCUGACCAAGGCUGGUUAGUGACCACCCUACGCAUCACAAUCCUGAUCCAGAUGGUCAUCCAAGGGCGUUGGUCAACCGACAAUGCCCUCCUGACUUUACCACACAUGACACCCUACCAUCUCAGCUGUCUCAGGCCUAAAGGUGGGGAGGGUGCCAGGAGGAAGGGUUCAGCCAUGCCUAGGGGCCCAAUCUCAUCCCUCCCAGAACUGAUAGCUGUGUGUGAUGGACGGUAUGAGACACUUCUUACUAUGUUGGAUGGCGAAAUGGACAGAAUGCAACUUGACCAGAUGUACACCGUGAUAGGAAAGUUACCUCAGAUCCAAGUGAACAUUUCCAUAAAGGGUUGGUGGGAAGGAGGUGAAGGACAACAGGAUGUCAGAAUCCAUACCUCUAAAGAUGGUGGGCGUCGACCAGACAGUGACUGGAUAAAGGUACAUGCUGACCAGGAGUAUGUGAUACAGGUUGCCCUUACUAGGGUUAACAAGACCAAGAAAAGCGACAGUAAGGCCCAGGCACCACGUUUUCCCAAGCCUAAAGAUGAGGGUUGGUUCCUAGUGAUCGGCGAGAUAGAGAACAAGGAGGUCAUCGCCCUGAAACGGACUGGUUUUGUUCGUGGACGCUCCCGUCUACAGAUGGCGGUGUACACCCCGGAGACCACAGGGCGUGUUAUCUACACACUGUACCUUAUGAGUGACUCUAACCUCGGUCUGGACCAGCAGUACGAUAUCUGUCUGGAUGUGAUCCCCGCUAGUAUAGAGUCUCAAGUCAACACAGAACUGGUCGGUGAGCUAAAUGACUUAGCCUUUUAAGAUAAUGAAUGAAUUGUACCUCAACAAGCUACAGAACUUUCCCUCUGUGAUCCUUCACACAUAUAGUCUCAGUGACCAGCAGCUGUACAGCAUCAUUCUAGUGGUGAUUGCCGAAAAUGUGGGCUGAAUGACCAGCAACAGAACCCUUGUAACAGUGAUCCUUGACCAUGUAGUGUCAGGUCGACAUAAGUGUUUGUUGAGCUAGACAACCUGGACUUUUAUGCAUGAAUUGUUUUAUCUUUUUAUUGGAAAUUCUUCUUAUGAAUGAUUUUCCUGUUGUUGUAUGAUCCCUGUGACAACAUGUAGUGGAUAAAGGUGUUGGUUCAGUGUACUCGGCUCUAGAAUCAGGAUUGGUUAUUUUGACAAGAAGUGCAAUUCAUACGAACAACAAUUUGAAGCUGUUCACCCAAGUGCUGGCAAUGUUAUUUUGUGAUGAAUUUAAACAUAGAUGGUUUAUUAUAAUAAUGCAGGUAGGGUGGUAAAGGGUCACAUAUAUUAACAGGCCAUUUACAUCAGUCACUCAGAUACAUCAGGUAGGGUGGUAUAGGGUCACAUAUAUAUACAGGACACUCGGAUACGUCAGGUAGGGUGGUAUAUAUAGGGUCACAUAUAUAUACAGGACAUUUACAUCAGUCAAUCGGAUACAUCAGGUAGGGUGGUAUAGGGUCACAUAUAUAUACAGGACACUCGGAUACGUCAGGUAGGGUGGUAUAUAUAGGGUCACAUAUAUAUACAGGACUUCACAUCAGUCACUCGGAUACAUCAGCUGUCAGAACUUGUCUUGUAGAGUGAUCCAUAAACCUGUAUAUAAUACCAAUACCAUACUUAAUGAAAUGAAGUACUUGCAUACAAGCCUUAAUAGGUAUCACUUAAGGAUUCAAGUGAAGGCAAACUGGCCAGUACAGGAAUGGUACUAAUGGUGUAAUGACAGACAUACAAUGGUACAUUAUGUUCUGAUGAAAGGAAAACAAAUAUAGUUGCUUUAUUGUACUGAUAGUGGUUUGUUUAAAAUAUUGUUAAAUUUAUAGGUCAUUUGGAGUUAGAGGUACAGAUCAGGGCUCAACAUUUCAAAAAGGGACUAGCUUAAUUACUGAUAACGACAUUAUUCAACCUCUAACAUUUGGUCAAUAUACAAGGUAAACACUCUUAAUUUUGUAUGUAAUUUUACUCCACUAAAAGUUUGCUGUAUGGAAAACUUUAACUCAGUGAGCGUUUUUUAACAUAAAAAAAAAAAAAGGAAAAUUUGCGCUAAUCACUGAAUAAGCUUAUCACCAUUUGAACAACUGGGCCCAGAGUAAUUAGGGACUCUAACAUAGGUCAAAAAUGUCAUUACAAUUUGAUAUUUUAUUCUGAAAUCAAAUGUAACGUUACAUGUACCUGAAUCUAAACAUUAUUAUUCUCAUUGAUUAAAAGUAAGGAUCAUGUUGGAAUGACUAAAAUACUUCAGUAUAUUGUUCAUGUCAUUAACAGAAUAAAGAGGAGAAUUAAAUCAGCCAAACUGUUGUGAAUUUAUAAAUUAUUGAAAUGGGGUUUUUUUUUUGUUAGAAAUUGUGAUCAGGAAAUGAAAUUGUUCGUAAUGAAGUAAGAAUAUGGAGUUAUUAUGUACAUUGUAUGCGGUGUGAUUGCCAUUAACUGAUAUAGAGAUGGUAUAUCAGUCUCUAAAUUAAUGUGUGUGAUGUAAAUAUUUACAUGCAUGAGUUUCUUGUAAUUUAUCUGUUGACUUGAAUUAGAUAUUCUUAUUAUUUUUACCUGCAUGAUUAUCAAAUUUGCAAACCAAUUACUCUUGACUCCCUUAAUAUGGACAGGGUGGUCAUUUUUUUCUGACAUUCAAAAUUGUUCUUAAUUUGAUAGAUUUGAUUAUUUAUUUUGAUAUUGAAUUAAAAUGGAUACUGAUGGUUAUAAUUAAUGAAAACAAUUCAAUUUGCUCAUAAUUCAUUAAAGCAGUAUAAAGUUAUUGCAAAGCUUUUACCAUUUUAAAAUAUAAGGAAAUAUCCCACAGUGCUAUUGGAUGGACCUGAAAGAUUGGUUGCUGUUGACUAUAAGGUAGAAAAUAACAAAAACGGGUUGAAUAAAUCAAAAGUUCCAUUGAAAUUCAGUCUUUUUACUUGGAAUGUUAUAUUUGGAAGUUGUUUUUGAUGAUAAAAAUACACCAUUUCAGUUAUUUAACAGUAUUUUAACCUUCAAAUGUUCCAAAUGCAAAUUUUGUAAGAUAUAUAUCUUUUCAUAUGUUGUUAUGGUAAUAGUUGUUGUGAACUUGAAUGGUGUAAACACAGAUAGAUUUGAGUAUAUUAUAAGUAUGUCAAUGAAAAGAGAAACAUAAUACCUUACAGCAGUAAUAGAAACAUUAUCAUUUAAGUUUGCUUGGUCAACAAGUAUAGAUGGUCUGCUACUUUUACUCUUUCACCUCAUCAUCAUUUAAAGAUGACUAUCAAAUUGAUUGUAUAUAAAAUGUGAAUUUUGGAGAUAGUAUUGGAGAGUAUGCUGGGUAAAGUGAUGUAUGUUUGUGAAGGCCAUGAGUGUAUGUACCUUACAUGGUAUUUAAUAAAAUCACUACCAAAUU